AUGGCCAAAUCCAAAUCAUCCAAACCCUCCGCAGCACCUCAAGCCGCACCCCCUCCCCCACCAUCAUGGCCUGCUUUUAUGCCACCCCUGCCAGUCGUCGAACUGUAUCCAGAGCUUCAUCCCGCGACUCCCAACAUCGUCCUCUUGUCUUCCUUUUUCCCUCGCUCUCUGUGCCGCGAUUACGUCGCUUUUUUAAAGACUCUGCCGCUGCAGACUACUCCUUCGCGGCCCAAGAAGGGGGAAGCAGUCCGCGUCAAUGACAGGUUCCAGAUUGAUGAUCCGGCAUUUGCACUCAGAUUGUGGGAAACUACCGGACUUAAAGAGGUCAUUCUGGAGAACGAAACAAUUAAAGAUCUAUGGGGCGGCCAGCCUGUAGGCCUCAACCCAAACAUUCGCAUAUACCGCUAUUCCAAAGGCCAAUACUUUGACUGCCAUUACGACGACUCCAACAACCUGAUUCUCGAUUCCGUCCCCGUCAAAACUACUUGGACGCUCCUCCUGUACCUCACUUCCUCUGCCGAGGGCUGUAUUGGGGGCGAGACUGUUUUUUAUCUCCACGAUCGCAAGUCUGCGGCCGAAGAAAUUGCCGUGUCGCUCGAGACGGGCAUGUUGCUGUUGCACAAGCAUGGUGAUGAUUGUCUGCUGCACGAGGGACGGGAAGUCCAGGAAGGAGAAAAAUGGGUAUUGAGAACUGAUUUAUGUGUGCGUCGGGGAUGA